GGGGGAAUUGCUGCAUGGGGAGCGCUUUCAAAAAUCUAUAUUCAGUGGGUCCUCUUCCCAACACCCCAGCCAGAAGCAUGAUUUGAUCCCCAUCUCAUCCGGGGUGCUGAGACUCAGAGUGUUUGGGAACUAACCCUACAGAACUGCCCUGUGGGUGCCUUUGGGCCCCCGGGGGCUGAGACAAGAGUCUCCAGGUGGCCCUGCACUGCCUGGGUGAGGUGAGGACAGCAGGAAGGAGCGCAGAAUCACCAGCCACUUUCCUCGCAGGAGAGCCAGGAGAAAUCACGGCUCUGACAGGUACUGGCAUCUGCACAGUGCUGCCUGACUGCCUGGGGACUGGUGCCAGCCAAGGGCUAGGCACCUUGCUCCCCCUUGUCUGUGACCAUCUGAACCCCGAGCAGAUAAUCCUGCUUUUUCUGGGGCCAGCUCUGAUACACCCUGCCACCUUCCUCCACCUCCCAGAGGUCACAUGCCUCUGGGACAAGGGGCAUCUCAGGUCUGGAAGGGCAUCUAGCAAUCCCACAAUGCCCCAGGCCUGCCAGGGGACCCAGCGCUUCAGCCUUAGCACCGCCUUAGUAGGUGUGGGGAUAUGAAUAGGGCCCUGAAUCCACAGUGCACUCUGGUCUCUGGCACAGGCCCUGCUCCCCAAUGAAAAGGUGUUCAUGGAUCUGCCCAGCCCCAGGGGGGGCCCAUGGGAAUUUAUCCCAACUCCUCUAUGGAGCAGGAUUAUUCUUGUGGCUGCCAGGUGCAUUCUGAGAUUGGGGCUCUGCUUCAUGGCCCCAGGAAGUUUGCACUGGGGGCAGCUAGGCCUGACUUGGGUCAGUGAGCAGGGGGCACAGGAGGGCUCUGCAGUGGGCUGGGCCAUGCCUCCUUUCCUGACCCCAAGCCCUGGCACUCAGUUUCAGGGGCAUAGUACAUUAGGCCAGGGGCUGGUGGGUGCCACUGGACUCCUUGUUGUUUUAAUGGCUGCACUGUGUCUGGGCUCUCCACAGCCAGCUCCUCUUCGCUCCAGUCUCAAAGGGAUGGGGUGUGGCCAGUCCCAUUCGGAGUCGGGUAGGAGUCAACGCUCAGCUCUCUGCCUCCUGAGCGGGGCUCUCACGUGACCGAGAGAGACGAAUCCUUUUGUUUCAUAGCUUCCCAGGCUAGAAGGGACCAUGGUGAUCAUGUAGUCUGACCCCCUGGAUAACACAGGCCAGAGACCUGGCCUGAAAUAAUUCCUAGAGCAGAGCUGUUAGGGAAACAUCCAAUCGUGAUCUAAAAAUGGCCAGUGAUGGAGAUUCCAUCACCACGACCUUGGUAAAUGGUUCCAGUGGUUAAUCCCCAUCACGGGGACACAUGCAUGUCUUCUUUCCCUUCGCAAUUUGUCUAGCUUCAACUUGCAGCCCUUGGAUCGUGUUUACCUUUCACUGCUGGAUUGAAGAGCCCAUUAUCAAAUAUUUGUUCCUCAUCACCGAUGGCGUCAGCCGUCCCUCCAAACUUCUCCUGGGUGGUGCCCGGCAAGCUGGCAGGGCUGGCCAUGCCACGGCAGCCUGCACACUACCAGUACAUGCAUGAGCAUGGCAUCCAGCACCUGGUGUCACUGACGGAGCGAAACCCGCCCUACCACGACACCUGCCCUGGCAUCAAGCUCCAUCGCCUCCGCAUCCAGGACUUCUGUGCCCCGUCACUGGAGCAGAUCAAGCACUUCCUGCAGAUUGUGGAGGACGCCAGCACCAAGGGGGAGGCGGUGGCAGUGCAUUGCAUGCUGGGAUUUGGCAGGACGGGAACCAUGCUGGCCUGUUACCUGGUGAAAGCCCAGAGACUCACCGGAGUCGACGCCAUCCAUGAGAUACGGAGAAUCCGGCCCGGAGCCAUUGAGACGCAUGAGCAGGAGAAAGCCGUGAUCCAGUUCCACCACCACAUCAAAUAGCCACAGCUGGCGGCGGCCCCCUCUCCCUACACGGGGAGUGGGGCGCAGAGGGAGAGGACUGCUCAGCUACACAGACACCUGCAGGAGGCACCUAUUGGGCCUAUGGCUGGGCGUUUCUGGAGCCAGGGAGGGAACCUUCCCAACUCCUGGCUGCUGAGGGGAGCUGGGGCUGGGCUCAGAGCCUGGGGCCACACUCCGUUCUUGGCAGUGUCUGCCUGCACUGGGGCAGGGGUUGCCCCAGCCCCUUUUACUCGAGGCAGAGAGGAUGAGAUCUGAAUCAGGGAGGGGCAAAGGGCAGCAAUGUGGAAGGGGGAGCCCCAUAGGGCAACAUCUCCUCCAGUCCCCUGUAAUCCUUGCCUUGGGAGAGCCAGGCCCCUAGAGACGGAGUGGGGCUUUGCCCUGCAGGGAGGCUAUGCAUGCUGGAAGUGUUGGGGGUUUUACUCUUCUGAGCUGCUGCAAACGUGUCUGCCCCCCGCCCUGAAUAAAAGAAGUUGGCAUUGGC